AUGGCAGUGACUGGAGCCCCCUGCGGGGUGGCCCUUCGGAAGGCGCUGCAGGAAGAGAAAGACACCCCUGUGCUCUCGGUCCCCACAGAUAACAGGCCAUGUGCAGACGGGGACCGAAGGCGACCACCUCCAAGCCACAAGGAGCUCUCUCGCCAGAACCCACCCCCAGUUGACGGCACCUUGAUCUUGGAGCUCUGGCCUCCAAAGCUGAGAAAAUCUCUAUUGUUGAAGCCACCAGGGCGCUGCGGUUUGUUAUGGACACCCAAGCUGACUGAGACACCACCUCUCAGGGCUUCCCCAGCCCCGGAGGGCUGGGUGGAUGCCCUCUGCUCCCUCUUUGGCCUGGGGUUGCUGGGAAGCGUCUGGAUUUUUAGGCUUGGUAACCACAGAUCUGGGUUCGGGGGAGUUUCCGCACAGACCCUGUUCUGGACCUGUUCUGCCUCUGUGUUUGAGGCCCAGACCACGAUGGGCUACCGGCUCCGUAUCUUCCAGCAGCAAGUAGAUACACUGAUUAGAGUCGCAGCUCUCAGGGAAGUUGACACAGAUCAUAUUUGUGCACUGGGUGGAAGAGCUUUCUCGAAAUUUAAUUACAACUUAAGUGUAAAACAUGCCCCUUCUGUGGGAGUUUCGUGCCUCGCGCAUAAUUACCUCCCCGCUCUCUCCCAAUCACCCUCUUACGACGCCUCUGUGUGCUGUGAGCGAUUAAUUUAUAGGCUGCUAAUAGGCUAA